AUGUCGACAAUUCGUAUCAAAGUUCAGUUAGGAGAAGAGAAAUCUCAACAUUCUUAUUACGAUCUUCAGCCGCUCAAAUUCGUCUAUAUUAUUGAUUCUCCUAGUGCAAAAACGGUUGCUGAUCUUAUUCGAGUAUUACAACAAUAUAUUAUUGAAACACUCUUUACAGACAACAUACAUAUUAUUCAGCUGAUGACAGACGAUGGUUAUAUUCUACCCAACUCUGAUACAUGUUCUGCAGUAUUCAAAGACAAUGAUCGAAUUAUUUGCAUCGAUAUGAAGAAAUUUGUCAAGAACAAUGAAAGAACACUAAAAGAAAAGGAUCCAUGGGUAAUAGUUAAACAGUAUGAUUCUAGUGAUGAUAGAGAAAAAGGAGUUCUUGUUGGUAUAAACUGUCACGGAAAACUUUUUGUUAAGAUGCUUCGAGCAAUCAAUAGUUUUGAACUUUACCUAUUUAGUAUAUCUGAACUUUUGGUUAUAGCCAGAGAAAAACGAACGAAUACUCUUGUUGCACGACUUGAUAGCAUAAAUGACACUGAUCACGUUUCUGAAUCAUCAGCUUGGUUUGGUGAGGCAAAUUGGGAAUAUGACUCUGUCUCUCCAACAAUUUUAUUUAUUGUCUGCAGCGUGAAAGUGGGUUCAAAUGAUCAGCUUUGGUCAAGCAAAUUAAGUAUUAUACUUGAUAGGCAUUGUAUGCGUAUUCGAAAAGGUGAUUUGACACAUUUAGCAAGCAAUGAAGAAGAGUUAAAGAAACAACAAUAUGCGUAUUACAAAGAUUUAGUUGAACAAUUGCCACCACCAAAACGAACAGGUCCUGAAAUACCUAUAACCAAAAUUCAAAGUCAGGAAGUAGUUACCUAUGAAUGUGAAGGUGACUCAGUUGUUCGUAUGCAUUGUGGAAAUAAAAACACUAUCAUAACAAAACAAGAACACGGAUUCAGAGAUGAUGAAACAUUUUUACAAUAUUUUACCAUUACUAACAUUGUUAUUUCAAGAGAUCCAUCAAUCGUGCCUAAUAUCUCACAGCAAAAACAUUCAGUGUCGACAAACAAUCGUCUUUCUAUUACUCGUUUUGUUGUUAUGUAUCAGGCACAUGAUACUUUAUGGCAUGAAUGUGAUCAAGUUAAGAUUGCACCUAGUACUAGAUACGGAGAACCAGACUGGUACCGUGAUAUUACGCUCAAUAUUGAACCUGAUAAAACCAUUUCUUUAACUAUACAAGGAAUGAUCGUUGUAAAUGGUGAAAUUGGGAUGGAUUCCGAUGGGCGAAGUCAAUUACAUAAUAGUUUACCUCAGCCAUUUAAAACAAAAAUUAUUAUCCACGACAAUACCGGAAAGCAAUGUUCCUUGAUUGUGGAGCAAUGGAAUAAACCUAUUCAAGUUAUCACCCGCGAAUCGUUUGUGGAACGUGAUCAUAACUCUAUUAAAGAGUUAUUAGCAUUUAUCUAUGUCGAUGAUUGUAAUGUAGAUAAACGCAUUUUUGCAGCUGCUUAUCUAGAUUAUCGUCAUCGUUUAGUUAUUCAUGUAAAUAACUCACCACGUACGUUAGAAUUGCAACAUGUACGUACAUUAGAAUUUUAUGCAAGACAAAAUGGUUUUUUAGAAUCGUCUUUAUCGGCCGAUCAUUAUCGCUCUUCUGAUAUACAAUGCAAUGCAAUAGGUUUGUUUGAUUCAAAGACUUAUAUGUUAUAUGCCAUUCGAUUCGAACUUGCUACAAAAACUUCUACAUAUGAAGAGACUAUACCGUUACCAUUGGACAAAAUACAAUAA